GAGGCUAUAAGAAUAGAAGAGGGAGGAAGGGAGAGGAGGGGGAAAAAGGGGGGACCCCCCAGUUGGGGGGCGGCGAGAAGUAGCAGCGUCCAUCAGCUCACACCAUGCUGACCCCGCUGCCUCUGCUCCUGCUGCCCCUGCUCUGGGCUCUGGUGGCGGCUGCAAUCGAAGCCCCUAAGACAUGUAGCCCCAAGCAGUUUGCCUGCAGAGACCAGAUCACCUGUAUCUCCAAGGGCUGGCGUUGUGACGGGGAGCGGGACUGCCCCGAUGGCUCAGAUGAGGCACCUGAGAUCUGUCCACAGAGCAAGGCUCAGCGAUGUCAGCCCAAUGAACACAACUGCCUGGGCACUGAGCUGUGUAUCCCCAUGUCCCACCUCUGCAAUGGAGUCCAGGACUGCAUGGAUGGUUCAGAUGAGGGGUCCCACUGCCGAGAGUUCCGAAGCAACUGUUCUCAGCUGGGCUGCCAGCACCACUGUGUCCCCACGCUCAGUGGGCCCACCUGCUACUGCAACAACACUUUUCAGCUGCAAGCAGAUGGCAAGACCUGCAAAGACUUUGAUGAGUGUUCCGUGUAUGGUACCUGCAGCCAGCUCUGCACCAACACAGAUGGCUCCUUCCAGUGUGGUUGUGUGGAAGGCUACUUGCUACAGCCAGACAACCGCUCCUGCAAGGCCAAGAAUGAGCCAGUCGACCGGCCCCCUGUGUUGCUAAUUGCCAACUCUCAGAACAUUCUGGCUACCUACCUGAGUGGAGCCCAAGUGUCUACCAUCACACCGACGAGCACGCGACAGACCACAGCCAUGGACUUCAGCUAUGCCAAUGAGACCGUUUGCUGGGUACAUGUGGGAGACAGUGCAGCCCAGACACAGCUCAAGUGUGCCCGCAUGCCGGGCCUGAAAGGCUUUGUGGAUGAGCACACCAUCAACAUCUCCCUCAGCCUGCACCACGUGGAGCAGAUGGCCAUCGACUGGCUGACAGGCAACUUCUACUUUGUGGAUGAUAUUGACGAUAGGAUCUUUGUCUGCAACCGAAAUGGGGACACAUGUGUCACUUUGCUAGACCGGGAGCUCUACAACCCAAAGGGCAUUGCACUGGACCCUGCCAUGGGGAAAGUGUUUUUCACUGACUACGGGCAGAUCCCCAAGGUGGAACGCUGCGACAUGGAUGGGCAGAAUCGGACUAAAUUGGUUGACAGCAAGAUUGUUUUCCCUCACGGCAUCACACUGGACCUGGUCAGCCGCCUUGUCUACUGGGCAGAUGCUUAUCUGGACUACAUCGAGGUGGUAGACUACGAGGGCAAGGGCCGGCAAACCAUCAUUCAAGGCAUCCUGAUCGAACAUCUGUAUGGCCUGACAGUAUUUGAGAACUAUCUGUAUGCCACCAACUCAGACAAUGCCAAUGCUCAGCAAAAGACAAGUGUGAUCCGUGUGAACCGCUUCAACAGCACAGACUACCAGGUGGUCACUCGUGUGGACAAGGGUGGUGCCCUCCACAUCUAUCACCAGAGAAGGCAGCCCCGAGUGCGGAGCCAUGCUUGUGAGAAUGACCAGUAUGGAAAGCCAGGCGGCUGCUCUGACAUCUGCCUGUUGGCCAACAGCCACAAGGCGCGGACCUGCCGCUGCCGCUCUGGCUUCAGCCUGGGUAGUGAUGGGAAAUCGUGCAAAAAACCAGAACAUGAGCUAUUCCUUGUAUACGGCAAAGGCCGGCCAGGCAUCAUCCGGGGCAUGGACAUGGGAGCCAAGGUCCCAGAUGAACACAUGAUCCCCAUCGAGAACCUCAUGAACCCCCGGGCUCUGGACUUCCAUGCUGAGACCGGCUUCAUCUAUUUUGCUGACACUACCAGCUACCUCAUUGGUCGCCAGAAGAUUGAUGGCACUGAGAGGGAGACCAUCCUGAAGGACGGUAUCCACAAUGUGGAGGGUGUGGCCGUGGACUGGAUGGGAGAUAAUUUGUACUGGACAGAUGAUGGCCCCAAGAAGACUAUCAGUGUGGCCAGACUGGAGAAAGCCGCACAGACCCGCAAGACCUUGAUUGAGGGCAAAAUGACACAUCCUCGGGCCAUUGUGGUUGACCCCCUCAAUGGGUGGAUGUACUGGACAGACUGGGAGGAGGACCCAAAGGACAGUCGACGAGGGCGGCUAGAGAGGGCCUGGAUGGACGGCUCACACCGAGAUGUCUUUGUGACCUCCAAGACAGUGCUUUGGCCCAACGGACUAAGUCUGGACAUCCCAGCUGGACGCCUCUACUGGGUGGAUGCCUUCUAUGACAGAAUUGAGACCAUAAUGCUCAACGGAACAGACCGGAAGAUCGUAUAUGAGGGGCCUGAGCUGAACCACGCCUUUGGUCUCUGUCACCAUGGCAAUUACCUCUUCUGGACCGAGUACCGGAGUGGCAGUGUCUACCGCUUAGAGCGGGGCGUAGACGGUGCACCCCCAACUGUGACUCUUCUGCGCAGCGAGCGGCCCCCCAUCUUUGAGAUUCGCAUGUAUGAUGCCCAGCAGCAGCAAGUGGGGACCAACAAAUGUCGGGUGAACAAUGGCGGCUGCAGCAGCCUAUGUUUGGCUACCCCUGGGAGCCGCCAGUGUGCCUGCGCUGAGGACCAGGUGUUGGAUGCAGAUGGAGUCACUUGUUUAGCGAACCCAUCCUACGUACCCCCACCCCAGUGCCAGCCAGGCGAGUUUGCCUGUGCCAACAGCCGCUGCAUCCAAGAACGCUGGAAGUGUGAUGGAGACAAUGACUGCCUGGACAACAGCGACGAGGCUCCUGCGCUUUGCCAUCAGCACACUUGCCCCUCUGACCGCUUCAAGUGUGAGAACAACCGGUGCAUCCCCAACCGCUGGCUCUGUGACGGGGACAAUGACUGUGGGAACAGCGAGGAUGAGUCCAACACCACUUGUUCCGCUCGUACCUGCCCACCCAACCAGUUCUCCUGCGCCAGUGGCCGCUGCAUCCCCAUCUCCUGGACAUGUGACCUGGACGACGACUGUGGGGACCGCUCCGAUGAGUCAGCUUCAUGCGCAUAUCCCACCUGCUUCCCCCUGACUCAGUUUACCUGCAACAAUGGCAGAUGUAUCAACAUCAAUUGGAGAUGUGACAAUGAUAAUGACUGUGGGGACAACAGCGAUGAGGCGGGCUGCAGUCACUCCUGCUCCAGCACCCAGUUCAAGUGUAACAGCGGCCGCUGCAUCCCCGAGCACUGGACCUGUGAUGGGGACAACGACUGCGGAGACUACAGUGAUGAGACACACGCUAACUGUACAAACCAGGCCACAAGGCCUCCAGGUGGCUGCCACACAGAUGAGUUUCAGUGCCGGCUGGAUGGGCUUUGUAUCCCCCUGCGGUGGCGCUGUGAUGGGGACACUGACUGCAUGGACUCCAGUGAUGAGAAGAGCUGUGAGGGAGUGACCCAUGUCUGCGACCCCAAUGUCAAGUUUGGGUGCAAGGACUCUGCUCGAUGCAUCAGCAAAGCCUGGGUGUGUGACGGGGACAGCGAUUGUGAAGAUAACUCGGACGAAGAGAACUGCGAGUCCCUGGCGUGUAGGCCACCCUCGCACCCGUGUGCCAACAACACUUCUGUUUGCCUGCCUCCUGACAAGCUGUGUGAUGGCAACGACGACUGUGGAGAUGGCUCGGAUGAGGGAGACCUGUGUGAUGAGUGCUCUCUGAAUAACGGCGGCUGUAGCCACAACUGCUCGGUGGCACCUGGUGAGGGCAUAGUGUGCUCGUGCCCUCUGGGCAUGGAGCUGGGGCCGGACAACCACACCUGUCAGAUCCAGAGCUACUGUGCCAAGCACCUCAAGUGCAGCCAGAAGUGUGACCAAAUCAAGUUCAGCGUGAAGUGCUCCUGCUACGAGGGCUGGGUGCUGGAACCUGAUGGCGAGAGCUGCCGCAGCCUGGACCCCUUCAAGCCCUUCAUCAUCUUCUCCAACCGCCACGAGAUCCGGCGCAUUGACCUUCACAAGGGGGAUUACAGCGUGCUGGUGCCCGGCCUGCGCAACACCAUCGCCCUGGACUUUCACCUCAGCCAGAGUGCCCUCUACUGGACCGACGUGGUGGAGGACAAAAUCUACCGCGGGAAGCUGCUGGACAACGGAGCCCUGACCAGUUUUGAGGUGGUGAUUCAGUAUGGCCUCGCCACCCCCGAGGGCCUGGCUGUAGACUGGAUCGCAGGCAACAUCUACUGGGUGGAGAGUAACCUGGACCAAAUUGAGGUGGCCAAGCUAGAUGGGACCCUCCGCACCACCCUGCUGGCUGGUGACAUAGAGCAUCCCAGGGCGAUUGCUCUGGAUCCCCGAGAUGGGAUCCUGUUUUGGACAGACUGGGAUGCCAGCCUGCCCCGCAUCGAGGCAGCAUCCAUGAGUGGGGCCGGGCGCCGCACCAUCCACCGAGAGACAGGCUCGGGGGGCUGGCCUAACGGGCUCACUGUGGAUUACCUGGAGAAGCGCAUCCUCUGGAUUGAUGCCAGGUCAGAUGCCAUUUACUCAGCCCGUUACGACGGCUCCGGCCACAUGGAGGUGCUUCGGGGACACGAGUUCCUGUCGCACCCGUUUGCAGUGACGCUGUAUGGGGGGGAGGUGUACUGGACUGACUGGAGAACCAACACCCUGGCCAAGGCCAACAAGUGGACGGGCCACAACGUCACCGUGGUUCAGAGGACCAACACACAGCCCUUCGACCUGCAGGUGUACCAUCCCUCCCGGCAGCCCAUGGCUCCCAACCCCUGUGAGGCCAACGGGGGCCGGGGGCCCUGCUCCCACCUGUGUCUCAUCAACUACAACCGGACUGUGUCCUGUGCCUGUCCUCACCUCAUGAAGCUUCGCCCUGACAACACUACCUGCUAUGAGUUCAAGAAGUUCCUGCUGUAUGCGCGGCAGAUGGAGAUCCGGGGCGUGGACCUGGAUGCCCCCUAUUACAAUUACAUCAUCUCCUUCACGGUGCCUGACAUCGACAACGUCACGGUGCUGGACUACGACGCCCGCGAGCAGCGCGUGUACUGGUCAGACGUGCGCACGCAGGCCAUCAAACGGGCCUUCAUCAACGGCACAGGAGUGGAGACAGUCGUCUCUGCAGAUUUGCCCAAUGCCCAUGGGCUGGCUGUGGACUGGGUGUCCCGGAACCUGUUCUGGACAAGCUAUGACACCAACAAGAAACAGAUCAACGUGGCCCGGCUGGAUGGCUCCUUCAAGAACGCGGUGGUGCAGGGUCUGGAGCAGCCGCAUGGCCUGGUAGUGCAUCCCCUGCGUGGGAAGCUCUACUGGACCGAUGGUGACAACAUCAGCAUGGCCAAUAUGGAUGGCAGCAACCGCAGCCUGCUCUUCAGUGGCCAGAUGGGCCCUGUGGGCCUGGCAAUUGACUUCCCAGAGAGCAAACUCUACUGGAUCAGCUCCGGGAACCAUACCAUCAACCGCUGCAACCUGGACGGGAGCGGUCUGGAGGUCAUCGACAGUAUGAGGAGCCAGCUGGGCAAGGCCACAGCUCUGGCCAUUAUGGGGGACAAGCUGUGGUGGGCAGAUCAGGUGUCGGAGAAGAUGGGUACAUGCAACAAGGCGGACGGCUCGGGCUCUGUGGUCCUGCGCAACAGCACCACCCUAGUGAUGCACAUGAAGGUUUACGACGAGAGCGUCCAGCUAGACCAUGAGGGCACCAAUGCCUGCAGCGUCAACAACGGUGACUGCUCCCAGCUCUGCCUGCCCACGUCAGCGUCCACCCGUACCUGUAUGUGCACGGCUGGCUACAGUCUCCGCAGCGGCCAGCAGGCCUGCGAGGGAGUGGGCUCCUUCCUCCUAUACUCUGUGCAUGAGGGAAUCCGAGGGAUCCCCCUGGACCCCAACGACAAGUCAGAUGCUCUCGUCCCUGUGUCGGGAACCUCCUUGGCUGUUGGCAUCGAUUUCCAUGCUGAAAACGACACCAUAUACUGGGUGGACAUGGGCUUGAGCACUAUCAGCCGGGCCAAGCGAGACCAGACAUGGCGUGAAGAUGUGGUGACCAACGGCAUUGGCCGUGUGGAGGGCAUUGCCGUGGACUGGAUCGCAGGCAACAUCUACUGGACAGACCAGGGCUUUGAUGUCAUCGAAGUGGCCCGGCUCAAUGGCUCGUUCCGCUAUGUGGUCAUCUCCCAGGGACUGGACAAGCCCCGGGCCAUCACUGUGCACCCAGAGAAAGGAUACUUGUUCUGGACUGAGUGGGGCCAGUAUCCACGCAUCGAGCGAUCUCGACUGGAUGGCUCCGAGCGCGCUGUGCUGGUCAACGUCAGCAUCAGCUGGCCCAAUGGCAUCUCGGUGGACUACCAGGACGGGAAGCUGUACUGGUGUGACGCCCGGACAGACAAGAUAGAGCGCAUUGACCUGGAGACGGGUGAGAACCGCGAGGUGGUUCUGUCCAGCAACAACAUGGACAUGUUUUCCGUGUCUGUGUUUGAGGACUUCAUCUACUGGAGUGACAGGACUCAUGCCAAUGGCUCCAUCAAACGUGGGAGCAAAGACAAUGCCACGGACUCUGUGCCGCUACGAACAGGCAUCGGUGUCCAGCUCAAGGACAUCAAAGUCUUCAACCGGGACCGGCAAAAAGGUACCAACGUCUGUGCAGUGAACAACGGGGGCUGCCAGCAGCUGUGCCUAUAUAGGGGCGGCGGGCAGCGCGCCUGUGCCUGCGCCCAUGGGAUGCUGGCAGAAGAUGGCACAUCAUGCCGCGAGUACGCAGGUUACCUGCUCUACUCAGAGCGCACCAUCCUCAAGAGUAUCCACCUGUCGGAUGAGCGCAACCUCAAUGCACCCGUGCAGCCCUUCGAGGACUCUGAGCACAUGAAGAACGUCAUCGCUCUGGCCUUUGACUACCGGGCUGGCACAUCCCCGGGCACCCCCAAUCGCAUUUUCUUCAGCGACAUUCACUUUGGGAACAUCCAACAGAUCAAUGACGAUGGCUCUGGGAGAACCACCAUUGUGGAGAAUGUGGGCUCCGUGGAAGGCCUGGCCUAUCACCGAGCCUGGGACACGCUCUAUUGGACCAGCUAUACCACAUCCACCAUUACCCGCCACACAGUGGACCAGAGCCGCCCUGGAGCCUUCGAGCGUGAGACAGUCAUCACCAUGUCUGGAGACGACCAUCCGAGGGCCUUUGUGCUAGACGAGUGCCAAAACUUGAUGUUCUGGACCAACUGGAAUGAGCUUCACCCGAGCAUCAUGCGGGCAGCCCUGUCAGGAGCCAAUGUCCUGACUCUCAUUGAGAAAGACAUCCGCACUCCCAAUGGCCUGGCCAUUGACCACCGAGCAGAGAAACUCUACUUCUCCGAUGCCACCCUGGACAAGAUCGAGCGGUGCGAAUAUGACGGAUCCCACCGCUAUGUGAUCCUGAAGUCAGAGCCAGUGCACCCCUUUGGGCUGGCCGUGUAUGGGGAGCACAUCUUCUGGACAGACUGGGUACGGCGGGCAGUGCAGCGUGCCAACAAGUAUGUGGGCAGCGACAUGAAGCUACUGAGAGUGGACAUCCCCCAGCAACCCAUGGGCAUCAUUGCCGUGGCCAACGACACCAAUAGUUGUGAGCUCUCCCCAUGCCGUAUCAACAAUGGGGGCUGCCAGGACCUGUGUCUGCUCACACACCAAGGCCAUGUCAACUGCUCCUGCCGUGGAGGCCGCAUCCUGCAGGAGGACUUCACCUGCCAGGCCGUGAAUUCCUCUUGCCGGGCGCAAGAUGAGUUUGAGUGUGCAAAUGGUGAGUGCAUCAACUUCAGCCUGACGUGUGACGGCGUCUCCCACUGCAAGGACAAGUCUGAUGAGAAGCCGUCCUACUGCAAUUCACGCCGCUGCAAGAAGACUUUCCGCCAGUGCAGCAAUGGGCGCUGUGUGUCCAACCUACUGUGGUGUAACGGAGCUGAUGACUGUGGUGACGGCUCUGAUGAGAUUCCCUGCAACAAGAAGGCCUGCAGUGUGGGCGAGUUCCGCUGCCGGGACGGCUCCUGCAUCAGCAAGUCCAGCCGCUGCAACCAGCUAGUGGACUGUGAAGAUGCCUCGGAUGAGAUGAACUGCAGUGCCACUGACUGCAGCAGCUACUUCCGGCUUGGGGUCAAGGGCAUCCGCUUCCAGCCCUGCGAGCGGACAUCCCUCUGCUAUGCACCCAGCUGGGUGUGUGACGGGGCCAACGACUGUGGGGACUACAGUGAUGAGCGUGACUGCCCAGGUGUAAAGCGACCCAGGUGCCCCCUGAAUUACUUUGCCUGUCCCAGUGGGCGCUGCAUCCCCAUGAGCUGGACGUGUGACAAGGAGGAUGACUGUGAGCACGGAGAAGAUGAGACCCACUGCAAUAAGUUCUGCUCUGAGGCCCAGUUUGAGUGCCAGAACCAUCGCUGCAUCUCCAAGCAGUGGCUGUGUGACGGCAGCGACGACUGCGGAGAUGGCUCGGAUGAGGCUGCUCACUGUGAAGGAAAAACGUGCGGCCCCUCCUCCUUUUCCUGCCCUGGCACCCACGUGUGUGUCCCUGAGCGCUGGCUCUGCGACGGUGACAAGGACUGCGCAGACGGUGCUGAUGAGAGUGUCACUGCAGGCUGCUUGUACAACAGCACAUGUGACGAGCGGGAGUUUAUGUGCCAGAACCGCCAGUGCAUCCCCAAGCACUUCGUGUGCGACCACGACCGGGACUGCGCAGACGGCUCUGACGAGUCCCCCGAGUGUGAGUACCCGACCUGCGGCCCCACCGAGUUCCGCUGCGCCAACGGGCGCUGCCUGAGCUCCCGCCAGUGGGAAUGUGACGGGGAGAAUGACUGCCACGACCAGAGCGACGAGGCACCCAAGAACCCGCACUGCACCAGCCCAGAGCACAAGUGCAACGCCUCCUCGCAGUUCCUGUGUGGCAGUGGGCGCUGCGUGGCGGAGGCUCUGCUGUGUAACGGCCAGGACGACUGCGGGGAUGGCUCCGACGAGCGCGGCUGCCAUGUCAACGAGUGUCUCAGCCGCAAGCUCAGCGGCUGCAGCCAGGACUGCGAGGACCUCAAGAUUGGCUUCAAGUGCCGCUGCCGUCCUGGCUUCCGCUUGAAGGACGAUGGCCGAACGUGCGCAGAUGUGGACGAGUGCAGCACCACCUUCCCCUGCAGCCAGCGCUGCAUCAACACUCAUGGCAGCUACAAAUGUCUGUGUGUGGAAGGCUACGCCCCGCGGGGUGGGGACCCCCACAGCUGCAAGGCUGUGAUGGACGAGGAGCCAUUUCUGAUUUUUGCCAACCGGUACUACCUACGCAAGCUCAACCUGGAUGGCUCCAACUACACAUUGCUGAAGCAGGGCCUAAACAACGCUGUCGCCUUGGAUUUUGACUACCGAGAGCAGAUGAUUUACUGGACUGACGUAACAACCCAAGGCAGCAUGAUCCGUAGGAUGCAUCUUAAUGGGAGCAAUGUGCAGGUGCUGCACCGGACAGGCCUCAGCAACCCAGAUGGACUGGCUGUGGACUGGGUGGGCGGCAACCUGUAUUGGUGCGACAAAGGCCGUGACACCAUCGAAGUGUCCAAGCUCAAUGGGGCCUAUCGGACUGUGCUGGUCAGCUCUGGCCUCCGAGAGCCCCGGGCGCUGGUAGUGGAUGUGCAGAAUGGGUACCUGUACUGGACCGAUUGGGGUGACCACUCACUUAUUGGCCGAAUUGGCAUGGACGGGUCUGGCCGCAGCGUCAUUGUGGACACCAAGAUCACGUGGCCUAAUGGGCUGACAUUGGAUUAUGUCACUGAGCGCAUCUACUGGGCCGAUGCUCGAGAAGACUACAUUGAAUUUGCCAGCCUAGAUGGUUCCAACCGCCAUAUUGUGCUAAGCCAGGACAUACCACACAUCUUCGCACUGACCCUGUUUGAAGACUACGUCUACUGGACCGACUGGGAGACAAAGUCCAUCAAUAGAGCCCACAAGACCACGGGUGCCAACAAAACCCUCCUCAUCAGCACACUGCAUCGGCCCAUGGACCUCCAUGUCUUCCACGCCCUGCGACAGCCAGACGUGCCCAACCACCCGUGCAAGGUCAAUAACGGGGGCUGCAGCAACCUGUGCCUGCUGUCUCCUGGGGGCGGCCAUAGGUGUGCCUGUCCCACCAACUUCUACCUGGGCGGCGAUGGGCGCACCUGUGUAUCCAACUGCACUGCCAGCCAGUUUGUGUGCAAGAACGACAAAUGCAUCCCCUUCUGGUGGAAGUGUGACACGGAGGAUGACUGUGGGGACCGCUCAGAUGAGCCCUCGGACUGUCCCGAGUUCAAGUGCAGGCCUGGACAAUUCCAGUGCUCCACUGGCAUCUGCACGAACCCCGCUUUCAUCUGUGAUGGAGACAAUGACUGCCAAGACAACAGUGACGAGGCCAACUGCGACAUCCACGUCUGUCUGCCCAGUCAGUUCAAGUGCACCAACACCAACCGCUGUAUUCCUGGCAUCUUCCGUUGCAACGGACAGGACAACUGUGGCGAUGGGGAGGACGAGAGGGACUGUCCUGAGGUGACCUGCGCCCCCAACCAGUUCCAGUGCUCCAUCACCAAGCGCUGUAUCCCCAGAGUCUGGGUGUGUGACCGAGACAAUGACUGCGUGGACGGCAGCGAUGAGCCUGCCAACUGCACCCAGAUGACCUGUGGCGUGGACGAGUUCCGCUGCAAGGACUCGGGCCGUUGCAUCCCUGCGCGCUGGAAGUGUGACGGGGAGGAUGACUGUGGAGAUGGCUCAGAUGAGCCCAAGGAAGAGUGUGAUGAGCGGACCUGUGAACCCUACCAGUUUCGCUGUAAAAACAACCGCUGUGUGCCGGGCCGCUGGCAGUGUGACUAUGACAAUGACUGUGGGGACAAUUCCGACGAGGAGAGCUGCACACCUCGACCCUGCUCUGAGAGCGAGUUCUCCUGUGCCAAUGGCCGCUGCAUCGCGGGACGCUGGAAGUGUGAUGGGGACCAUGACUGCGCAGACGGAUCUGAUGAGAAAGACUGUACACCCCGCUGUGACAUCGACCAGUUCCAGUGCAAGAGUUCCCAUUGCAUCCCCUUGCGCUGGCGCUGUGACGCCGAUGCCGACUGUAUGGAUGGCAGCGACGAGGAAGCCUGUGGCACUGGGGUGAGGACCUGCCCCCUGGAUGAAUUCCAGUGCAACAACACCUUGUGCAAGCCACUGGCAUGGAAGUGCGAUGGCGAGGACGACUGUGGGGACAACUCAGAUGAGAACCCGGAGGAGUGUGCCCGGUUUGUGUGCCCACCCAACCGGCCCUUCCGGUGCAAGAAUGACCGUGUCUGCCUGUGGAUCGGCCGCCAAUGUGACGGAACGGACAAUUGCGGGGAUGGGACUGAUGAAGAAGACUGUGAGUCCCCCACGGCCCAAGCUGCCCACUGCAAGGACAAGAAGGAGUUUCUGUGCCGGAACCAGCGCUGCCUCUCCUCCUCCCUGCGCUGCAACAUGUUUGAUGACUGUGGGGACGGGUCCGAUGAGGAAGACUGCAGCAUUGACCCCAAGCUGACCAGCUGCGCCACCAACGCCAGCAUCUGUGGGGAUGAGGCGCGCUGCGUCCGCACAGAGAAAGCCGCCUACUGCGCCUGCCGCUCUGGCUUCCACACCGUGCCUGGCCAGCCCGGAUGCCAGGACAUCAAUGAGUGCCUGAACUUCGGAACCUGCUCACAGCUCUGCAAUAACACCAAAGGCGGCCACCUCUGCAGCUGUGCUCGGAACUUCAUGAAGACGCAUAAUACCUGCAAGGCUGAAGGCUCUGAGUACCAGGUCCUGUACAUCGCUGAUGACAAUGAGAUCCGCAGCCUGUUCCCCAGCCAUCCACAUUCGGCUUAUGAGCAGGCCUUCCAGGGUGAUGAGAGUGUUCGCAUUGAUGCUAUGGAUGUCCACGUCAAGGCAGGCCGGGUCUAUUGGACCAACUGGCACACGGGCACCAUCUCCUACCACAGCCUGCCACCUGCCGCUCCUCCCACCACUUCUAAUCGCCACCGGCGGCAGAUUGACCGAGGUGUCACCCACCUCAAUAUUUCAGGACUGAAGAUGCCCAGGGGCAUCGCCAUCGACUGGGUGGCCGGGAACGUGUACUGGACUGACUCAGGCCGAGACGUGAUUGAGGUGGCCCAGAUGAAGGGCGAGAAUCGCAAGACCCUCAUCUCGGGCAUGAUCGACGAGCCCCAUGCCAUCGUGGUGGACCCACUGAGGGGCACCAUGUACUGGUCAGACUGGGGGAACCAUCCCAAGAUUGAAACGGCCGCGAUGGAUGGGACCCUAAGGGAGACUCUGGUGCAAGAGAACAUCCAGUGGCCCACAGGACUGGCUGUUGAUUAUUACAAUGAACGGCUCUACUGGGCAGAUGCCAAGCUCUCGGUCAUCGGCAGCAUCCGGUUCAAUGGCACAGACCCCAUCGUGGCUGCUGACAGCAAACGAGGCCUGACUCACCCCUUCAGCAUCGAUGUCUUUGAGGACUACAUCUAUGGCGUCACCUACAGCAAUAAUCGUGUCUUCAAGAUCUCAAAGUUUGGACAGAGCCCCUUGAUCAACCUGACAGGUGGCCUGAGCCAUGCCUCUGACGUGGUGCUAUACCACCAGCACAAACAGCCUGAAGUGACCAACCCCUGUGAUCGCAAGAAGUGUGAGUGGCUCUGCCUGCUGAGCCCCAGCGGGCCCGUCUGCACCUGUCCCAAUGGCAAGCGGCUGGACAAUGGUACCUGCGUGGCUGUGCCUUCACCAACACCCCCACCUGAUGCGCCUCAGCCUGGAACCUGUAACCUGCAAUGCUUCAAUGGCGGCAGCUGCUUCUUCAAUGCCCGCAGGCAGCCCAAGUGCCGCUGCCAGCCCCGCUACACCGGUGACAAGUGUGAACUGGACCAGUGCUGGGAGUACUGUCGCAACGGGGGCACCUGUGCUGCCUCCCCCUCUGGCAUGCCCACAUGCCGGUGCCCCACAGGCUUCACGGGCCCUAGAUGCACCCAGCAGGUGUGUGCGGGCUACUGCGCCAACAACAGUACCUGCACUGUCAACCAGGGCAACCAGCCCCAGUGCCGCUGCCUUUCGGGUUUCCUGGGUGAUCGCUGCCAGUUCCGACAAUGCUCAGGCUACUGUGAGAACUUCGGCACGUGCCAGAUGAUGCCUGGUGGUCCCCGCCAGUGCCGCUGCACCGCCUACUUCGAGGGCCCACGUUGUGAGAUUAAUAAAUGUAACCGCUGUCUGGAAGGCAGCUGCUCAGUCAACAAGCAGAAUGGAGAUGUCACCUGCAACUGCUCUGAUGGCCGAAUGGCCCCAAGCUGCCUGACCUGCGAGGGCCAUUGUAGCAAUGGUGGAUCCUGCUCCAUGGACAGCAAGAUGAUGCCCAAGUGCCAGUGCCCUCCACACACGACCGGACCCCAGUGUGAAGAGCUUGUGGUCAGCCAAGAGCAGCCUGCACACAUGGUCUCCAUCCUGAUCCCUCUGCUCUUGCUGCUGCUGCUGAUCCUGGUGGCUGGCGUGGUGUUCUGGUACAAGCGACGGGUCCGGGGGGCUAAGGGUUUCCAGCAUCAGCGGAUGACCAAUGGAGCCAUGAAUGUGGAGAUUGGGAACCCCACCUACAAGAUGUACGAAGGCGGGGAGCCUGAUGACGUGGGGGGCCUCCUGGACGCCGAUUUUGCCCUGGACCCUGACAAGCCCACCAACUUCACCAACCCCGUGUACGCCACUCUGUACAUGGGUGGCCACGGCAGCCGUCACUCCCUGGCCAGCACGGAUGAGAAGAGAGAACUGCUGGGCCGGGGUCCUGAGGACGAGAUAGGGGACCCCUUGGCAUAGGGUUCUGCCUCCCUCGGACUUCCCCAGAGCACCUCCUGACCCCUGCCAGAGAAUUCUUCCAAUGAGCCCCCUCCUGCCAGCCAGCCCUUCCCUGGCCUGGCCGGGGUGUAUAAAUGUAAAAAUGAAGGAAUUACUUUUUAUAUGUGAGUGAGCAAGUGAGCAAGCGAGCACAGUAUUAUCUCUUUCCGUUCUCCUCCUUCCUGCCUGCUCCUCAGCAAUCCCCACCCCCCAAUGCUGCCUUCAGGGAGGGGGCUUUGGGAGGGAGGGUUCCUGCUUACAGUUCUGAGGGAGCCCCAAGGAGCACCUUCCCACUGAAUCGCACCCCACUGGGAGAGCUGGUGGUGCACCCUCUCCCUGUAUGAGACACUUUGUCAAGGCUCUCCCCUCCCGCUCCCCCACACCCAGCUCCCCAAGGGCUGGUUCCAGGGAGGGAGAGGACCUCUGCCUCCCCAGAAGCUCUGACUUUGGCUGAGGGCAGGAAGGAAAGAUGGCAUUUUUUAGUUCUUCUUGGGGGGGGCCGCCCCAGCCUCCCUCGAAGGGCACCUCUGAGAUGGCCACGCUCUACUCGUCCCAGACAGGCCCUUCACUCUCCAGUACCCCCUGCCGAGGCUCCCAGGGCUGGGGACUAUCUUUGGUCCCCCAGCCCCCCAAGCCUUCCCUCCCUGGGGAUGAGGAGGUGGGGCAUGCCAAGAAAGGGCAAGCGAGCAGCCCCGUUUUGGGACACGAACGUUUUAAUAAUUUUUGCUGAAUUCCUUUACAACUAAAUAACACAGAUAUUGUUAUAAAUAAAAUUGUAAAAAAAAAAAAAAAAAAAA